CACAAAUAUAAUUGAAGAUUUGAAUAAUGAUGUUGGGAUAGAAAUUCAGAAUUUUAUAACAAAUUUACGUUUUAUAACCCUUUUUGGAGAUGGAUGGACUAGUCAAACACGUAAUAGUAUUGUGAAUUAUGUAUUAGUUAAUGAGAAACGACAAAAAGUUGGCAUGGAAAUCGAAAUUGAAAGAUGGGUUGGAUUUGUUACAGAUAGUG